AGAGUGAGAGCAGACGACAUAGCACGAGCACAUUCACUUGACACAUUGUCGUGCUUGGCAUUCUGCUGUCAAAUAUCCAUGUGAUGCGACGUAAUUUAUUCAACUCGUUGUGAAAUCAUUCUCGUAUUUUGUUUAUUUGGUGCGAUAAGUGUCGAUCUAAAAUGGCGGAUCCAAACAAGGUGAAGCUGUUCAAACAGUACUUAAUUGACACAAAGACUUUCCAAGCGCUUGCCGAAACAUUGUCAUUGUUGCACACAGCUGACCCAAAGCCAGAGAAUCCGAUACAGUUUAUUCGUAAACGUUUGUCUGAUCCGAUUGAUGCCGAAGAAUUUCGAUGUAUGAAACAAAGCCUAGGCAAAUUGAACGAAGACAUGGGUCAAAUGAAGGCUGACGUGACAAAAAUUUCCAACAUUGUGUCAAAACUUCUGCCCAAUCAUGCAACGGAUGUCGAUCAAAACGUGAAUGUUUCGGUGCCAUCGAUGGAAAACAAUGUUGGCGAUAGCAGCCACAUUUCGAUGCUGGACGACAGUUCAUUGAUUUUCGAUCAAACGAAUGACGACGAUUUGAACUCAACCAUGCAUAUCGGUGACGAACCACAUCUCAAUUGCUCGGAUACCGAUGCGGUGGAUUCAUCACAGAGCAAAGAUGCAAUCGAUGAUUCCGCAGAAGGAUUCACAUUGGAAAUUGUUGAAGUUGAUGUGGUGAACAAGAGUUCAAUCGAUCUGUCAAUAGACGAAAAGGCUAUCGAAGAAAUGCAGGUGGACGACAGUAUUUUGGAAGAAUUGGCUAUGACGAGCACACCCGAAACAACCGCAAUAACGGAACCAACGACCGAUGCCAAUUUGGCGGAGCCAUGCGUUAACAUCGAUGAGCUGCCAAUCGUUUUCAAAGAAGAGGAUUCGGAAGAGCCAUUAACAUUGUCGCAAGGUUUUCGCGGUUUCGACAGUCUGGACGUACACGAGUCGAAGAUGCACUUGCCUGGUACAAAAAUUGAUGAGCCACACGGCGAAGAAACGUUGACAGAAGAGCCUGGCACAGAAAUGGUAGUGGAAACAUCUGAAGUACACGAUGAGCCGAAAAUCGAACAGGUUGAAUCGCCAAAGUCACACGCCACGGAGACAACAGAAGUUGACAUUGCAAACGCAUCGCAAGAUGUAGCAACGAUUGGAUCGGAAAUACCCACCGAAAAUGAGGCACCCAUCGAAACUAAGACAGCCAUUGAAACUAAGGCAUCCAUCGGAUUGAAGGCAACCGUUGAAACUGGAACACUCAUUGAAUCCGAAGUACCGGCCACAGAUCCAAUCGACGAAAUCGUCGAAGGUAUUUUGAGCAAAGUAGAAGACGUAAUGGAAAUUGGCGAAAUCGUAGCCGAAGCAGUCAUCGCUCGAGCAGACGGGUCAAACAUUGCAACGAACGAAGUAGCCGAGAGCUUAGAUGAAACGGGUGGUGAUGGAUGUGCCGUCGUUUGCAUUGCCAUGCCAAAAGAUGACCCAGAAACGCAGCUCUUCCUAUCCUAUUCGUAGGACCAUACUUUCAUCAUUCCCAUUUCAUUUUCAUUACAUUUCGUUAUCUACUUAAACCCGUAUUACAUCUCAAAAGGCAACCAACAUUCCAACUUUUGGAAAACAGUGAAAUUUACUAAAACUAGAAUAGUAACGAUAAACUGUUAUUCGGAAUCAAAAUCUUAGAUUCAAACGAAUAUUAAGCAUUGAAUGCUCUCCAAGUAUAAUUCAUCAGUCCAAUGAAUGGAUACAUACGAUUUAAAAUACUAAGAACAUAUUAUGACAAUAAAGUAUUCACAAAUUGCUCCAAAUUUGAACAAAA